AAAUCUGAUGUAAAUAGAAAAAUAAAGUAAAAACUGUAAAAACAGGUAAAAACAACAACAAAAAUUCUAACCAAAGAUUUAACCGUCAUACGACAUGAGCAUCACGUGAUUGCACAAUACCCAACGAUAGGGUACGUACCUCUUUCAUCUGAUUGGACGGUUGGUUGCGUAUUUUAAUGUAUCCUAGUAAGUACAAAGUACAAAACCCAACAAAACCAGAGAACAUCAGAAAGCACUAAGUGAGAAAACAUGUACAAAAUCUAAUCAUAAAGAAAUGAAAUAUUCUUGUGUAUCUGUUUUGUGUGAAAUAUUUUAAUACAUAGACUGAGAGGCAAUGUUUCUAAGAUCCAUUUUCCUCGCUAGUUAUUUUAUUCUCAUAGUUUUAUUUAGUGCUUUUUUAAAAUAUUAUGAUACUUUAGAAAACUUCUUGGUGUCGUCUUUUGAUUUUCAUAAAGAAAAGUUGGUAGUUUAUGAUUAUAUUAUAGUAGGUGGUGGUUCAGCAGGUUCACUUGUGGCAAAAAGACUAGCAGAAGACUCAAACAAAAGAAUACUUGUUAUUGAAGCUGGAAAACGUGAUUUUGGUUUUUACAAUGUCCCUUCAAUGGGAAUUCUUUUACAGAAUUCUCCCUUUGACUGGCAAUAUACAACGGUACCUCAGAAAACGGCUUGCUUUGCACUUCCCAAUAAUUCCAGUCGAUGGCCAAUGGGAAAAAUUUUAGGUGGCACUAGCAUGAUAAACAAUAUGCUUUACAUGCGAGGUCAUAAGUCAGAUUUUGACGAAUGGUUUAAAGACUACAAGGAAUAUGAUUAUAAUGAUAUUUUGUAUUACUUCAAAAAAUUGGAGAGGCUUAUUCCAGUUAGGGAUUUAAUUUUUCACACUAUUUUACCUGAUAUUUUAUUAAAAGCAGUAGUGAAUUUGGGAUAUGAAACUCCAAAAGAGAAUCUGAACUGUCAGUUGGGAUACAGUAAACCAAAAACCAUUCUUCAUAAUGGAAAAAGGUGGACAACAGCAGAGUUAAUCAAACAGGGUAAAAUUACAAAUAUAGAUAUUAGAUAUGGAUGUGUUGUAGAAGAAAUAAUGAUGAAGUCUAAUUUUGAAGCUUAUGGUGUUAAAUACAGAUAUUCAGGAAGAAAAUAUGUAGUUUAUGCCAAGUUGGGUGUUAUUUUAUCAGCUGGAGUGAUUGGUUCAGCAAAAAUUUUAAUGCUUUCUGGUAUAGGACAGAAAAAACAUUUAAAAGAAGUACAAAUUCCUUUAAAAGUUGAUUUACCAGUGGGACACAAUUUGCAUGAUCAUGUCACUACAGGUUUUGAUCUGGUCUUAAUCAAUCAGACCUUAGAUAUUGGAAUAGAACAAAUACUGUCACCAUUAUCAUUGUGGAAGUAUUUCAGUAAGGGUAUAGGUCCUUGGACUACAACAGGUUGUGAGCUGAUAGCCUUUUUUAAUACAAGAAACACUUCAGAGCGUCCAGAUUUGCAAUUUAUGAUCAUGCCAUUGGCACUGAAAGAGGAUAAUGGCAUAUAUUUAAGACACUUAAUGGGGAUUCCUAGCUCUGUCUACUCAACAUACUUUGCUACAAAUAAACAACCAGCUAUUACCAUUUUACCAGUGCUUUUACAUCCAAAAAGCAAAGGGUUUGUUAAACUGAACAAAAAUGAUCCUUAUUCAUCUCCUGUUAUUGACCCAAAAUACUUAACAGACCCUCAGGAUGUUGAAACCCUUAUUAAGGGCAUAAAAUUUAUAAAAGAACUUGUAGAAUCUGAUGAGUUAAAAUCCAUAGGUGCCCAAUUCAACUAUAAACCCUUUCCAGGCUGUGAAUUAUAUCAAUUUAAUUCAGACAAGUACUGGGAAUGUUAUGUUAGGCAUUUAACAAUGACAUCAUACCAUCCUAUAGGUACGUGUAAAAUGGGACACCCAGAAAAAAAAUCCACAGUAGUUAAUUAUGAUUUUCAAGUCAAAACAACAAGCAAACUUUUUGUGGUUGAUGGAUCUGUGCUGCCAACAGAAACUAGUGGAAAUAUUAACGGUGCUAUUUUGAUGCUAGCAGAAAUGGCAAGUGAUAAAAUUAAAAGAAUAGAUUAUUUAUUAAUUGGAAAAUGUCACAUAUUAGAAAUAUUUAAUAUAAUGGGUUCCAACAGUGAAAUAAAUAAGAAUAAAAUAAAAUAACAAAUAAAAUUGUAUUUGUAAGCAUUCAAACCAUAUAUUAAGAAUGAAAAGUUCAAACUAAGUCAACUGUUCAGACAGUCAAAUAAAGUAAAAUAUUGAAAAAGUAUAAUGGUGAGUUCAUACAGAGAAAUAAAAUAAAUAAGACUUUCCGUAAAGAUGUGGAUCCGGUGGCUGAUUUUUGUUGCAUUUGAUACUACGCAAGCGCACAUCUUCGAUGUUGCCAAAUUGCAAUUUAUUUUCGAAUUAUUUGCCAUUGAAAACAAAAAUGUUUUUUUGAGUGUUAAUCAGUAAGAAUACAAAUGCUAUAAUUAAUUUUAUAAUUUCAGAUAUAUCUUGAUAUCAAAAAUUAAGGUAAGCAGGAUAAUGGAGAUUGUGAAGUUAAGGUAUUAUAAUUGUAAUUGGAGUUAAAGUAAAUAAUACCGUAUGAUCGAAUAAAAACAGCGUCAGCGAUGGCUAUGAAAUGAAAAUCGCUGUCAUUUUAUAUGCAAAAUUAUAUUGGAAAUGUCAUCGAUCAUCAUUUCCAAGCCAACUGGACGCAUAUACUGGACGUAAUUUUUUUUCAAUCAUACGGUAUAUUGUAAUAAUAUUUAUUUAUUUACAUAUUUACAUUAGAAUUUAUUUUUAUUUAUUUAUUUAUUUACGGGAAACCCCAUUACAUUACAAAAUUUACAAAACAAUAUUAAAAAAAAGAAAAAAAAUGUCUUUUCUUUUUCUUUCACAUCGUAUAAAGAUACUUA